AUAAUAAUAAUACUAAUAAUAAUAAUAAUUCGCAAGCGUAUAUAAUAAAACCCUUUCUUCACCAAACGCAAUUUCAACUGAAUUCCGCGAAUUUCUCCGGCGACCACCAUGGCUGGGGAAUCGAGGAAAUGGAUGAUUCUGGUGGCAACGAUUUGGAUUCAGGCGUUCACGGGGACGAAUUUCGACUUCUCGGCGUACUCGUCGGAGUUGAAGACGGUUUUGGGGGUGUCGCAGGUGCAGCUCAACUACCUCGCCACCGCGUCGGACCUCGGGAAGGCGGUGGGGUGGUCGUCGGGUGUGGCGCUGAUGUGGAUGCCGCUGUGGGCGGUGAUGUUCGCGGCGGCGGCGAUGGGGUUCGUCGGCUACGGCACGCAGUGGCUCGUCAUUAGCAACGUGAUCACGCUGCCGUAUUUCGUGGUAUUUUUACUCUGCUUGUUAGCUGGUUGCAGCAUCUGCUGGUUCAACACAGUCUGCUUUGUUCUCUGCAUAAAGAAUUUCCCCUCUUCUAUUCCUCUGGCCCUCUCUCUCACCGUAAGCUUCAAUGGCGUAAGCGCAGCUCUAUAUAACCUCGCGGUGAAGUCACUCAACCCUUCCUCAUCCGCCGUUUAUCUUCUCCUCAACGCCUUGAUCCCCCUCUUCACAUCCCUCGUGGCUCUAAUUCCCAUCCUCCGCCAACCCUCCCUAGAUUUGCUGGAUCCCAAUGUUGUCAAACGCGACCACUUCACAUUCCUCAAGCUAAACGUGCUAGCUUUCAUCACUGGCCUAUAUCUCCUCUUCCUCCACCCAUCAGACUCGUUCACAGCUCGUCUCCUCUGGUAUGGCGCCAUCUUUCUUCUGAUCCUCCCUUUAGGGAUCCCCGGCAUUUUGUACGCCAGAGAGUGGUUCCACACCAGAGUCUACACUAGCUUCCAGCUCGAUGGUUCAGGGUUCAUUCUUGUCGAUGUUGAUGAUCUCGAGCUGCAUAAACAGCUCCUUAGUCGCCCUAGCAGCGUGGAAAAUGGACUGACCUACUCUGGUGAUGCCGGUGCAUCAGCUAAUGGCAUGUCUAGGCAGAAUAUCAGUGCUGAAGAAGGUUGUUCGUGUAACACGGUCAUCACGAAGGACCAGCUGGUAAUGCUCGGACAAGAACACAGAGCAGGAGAGCUCAUUCGUAGGGUCGACUUCUGGCUAUACUUUGUUGCUUAUUUCUGUGGGGGAACUGUAGGUCUUGUGUAUAGCAACAAUCUUGGGCAGAUUGCUCAGUCGCUUGGGCAUAGUUCAGUCACCUCGGAGCUGAUCACCAUAUAUUCGUCUUUCUCCUUCUUCGGCCGCCUCCUCUCAGCCGCGCCAGACUUCAUUCGAAGGAAGGUCUACUUUGCGAGAACUGGGUGGCUGGCCAUAGCUCUCGUCCCCACGCCCAUCGCGUUCCUUCUCCUGGGUGCGUUGGGAGGGAACGCCUUUGUGAUCCAAGCAGGAACAGCGCUGAUCGGGCUGAGCUCGGGUUUCAUAUUCGCGGCUGCAGUGUCGAUAACAUCGGAGCUGUUCGGGCCGAAUGGGGUGGGUAUGAACCACAACAUUCUCAUCACCAACAUACCCAUGGGAUCCCUCGUCUACGGGUUCCUGGCGGCGACGGUGUACGACUCGAACGCAAGGCCGGGGGCAGGGCUUGUGUGCAUGGGGAGAGACUGCUAUUUCUUGACAUUUGUGGGGUGGGGUUGCAUUUCUCUUGUGGGAUUAGCCUCUAGUCUCAUUUUGUUCUUGAGAACUAGGCCUGCUUAUCGCAGAUUCGAGCGCAGUAGAAUAUCCACCAUCUUGUCUUAGUGUCAGGAUCACACUUAAAGUUACUUUAAUUCCUCAAUAUUUCAUACAAACUAGCUAGUUUACCAAACUUUCUCUCUC